GUGAAAAAAGGUAAAAUCCUAGCUAGAAAAUGUUUGAACUGAGACUGGUACAGGGGAGUUUGUUGAAGAAAGUUCUUGAAUCCAUCAAGGACUUGGUGAAUGAUGCAAAUUUCGACUGUUCCUCAACUGGGUUCUCUCUUCAGGCCAUGGAUUCCAGCCACGUAGCCCUGGUGGCCCUCCUUCUCCGAUCGGAGGGCUUCGAGCACUACCGCUGCGACCGCAACCUGACGAUGGGCAUGAACCUGGCGAACAUGGCUAAGAUGCUCAAAUGUGCUGGCAAUGAUGACAUCAUUACUAUCAAGGCUGACGAUGGAACUGAUACUGUUACCUUCAUGUUUGAAAGCCCCUCUCAAGACAAGAUAUCUGAUUUUGAAAUGAAGCUUAUGGACAUUGAUAGCGAGCAUCUUGGGAUUCCAGAAGCAGAGUAUGAGGCUAUUAUUAGGAUGCCAUCAGCAGAGUUUGCAAGGAUUUGCAGAGAUCUUAGCAGCAUUGGUGACACUGUUGUAAUAUCUGUGACAAAAGAAGGUGUGAGGUUUUCCGCAAGAGGUGACAUUGGUGCAGCAAACAUUGUCUGCAGGCAGAAUGCAACAGUGGACAAGCCAGAAGAUGCUACGAUUAUAGAAAUGCAGGAACCAGUUACAUUGACGUUUGCACUGAGGUACAUGAACUCGUUCACAAAGGCCACCCCACUUGCUGAGCAAGUGACAAUCAGCAUGUCCUCUGAUCUACCUGUUGUAGUUGAAUACAAAGUCGCAGGGGUGGGUUACAUCAGGUACUAUUUAGCUCCAAAGAUAGAAGAAGAAGAAGAAGAGGUUGCAGCUCAUGCACAAACCAAACCAAAGGCGGAAACCAAGUUGAAAGUGGAGACAAAGCCUAAAGUGGAACCUGAGCUUAUGGAAGUUGCAGAAGAUGAGAAAGAAAGCAAGCCCCUAGCAGAAAGCAAGCCUAAAGAGGAACCUCAGCUUUUAGAAUGCCAUAAGCUUGACGAAGAAAGCAAGCCUCUUGUUGAUGGCAAGCCUAAAGUAGAAAAUAAGCUCGGAGCAAGCACUAAUGGUGAAAUUGAGAUCAUGGAUAUUGAGCAGUAGUUGGUUCUGCUGCUGCUGAUAGCAGAUAUAGGUGGAAGAGUCCUUUUGUGUUUCUUUGUUUUUUCUGCGUUCAUUUAGGUGUAGAUUAGUCAAUUAAUGGAGAAGUUCUAGGGCGUUCAGUGUGAUGAUAAUCUGGGUUAGUCUUUAAACCUCGUCAUAUUUACUGAUGCCAAACGGUCGCUGUCCAUCCUUCGUAGUGAAGUUCUAGUUUGCAGAAACGCACUCUGUUUCUCAAUGCUUUGAAGUCUGGACC